AAUUUUAAUGUAAAUUACACCCCCUCCGGUUGAAGAAGAAGAAGAAAUCAGGGUUUUGAUUCGGAUUUCGGAGGAGAAGAAUUUUUUUUUGAACACUGCAAAAAUGGAGUCACCACGGUCGGAAUAUCGUCGUUGAAUCCAUAUAUUACUCCAAUGGAAAGACGAAUAAAGCAAGGCUAUAGAAUGGCUGAAGAAGAGGGAUCGGUGAGUGUCAGUACAGGUAAGGGGAACGGAGGAUUAACUUCGAAUGAUUCAGUUGAAUCUUUCAGGUGGGUGUUUCAAGACAAGGAUGAUUCCGAGAUCGGUGAUGAUGGAGAGGAAGAUUUGCCGUGGCGAAAUGGCAUGGAUUCAGAGGAUGAAGAUAAUGCAGACCAUAGGUUGAUUCGGACUGGGCCACGUAUUGAUUCGUUGGAUGUAGAAACUCUUGAGGUCUCAGGUGCUCAGAGGAAUGAUUUGGAGGAUGUUACUUUUAGGAAGAGUAUUAAACUGGCUUUUCAAACGCUCGGGGUUGUUUUUGGGGAUGUUGGAACAAGUCCAUUGUAUACUUUUACUGUGAUGUUCAACAAGGCUCCAAUAGAUGGAAAUGAAGAUAUAAUUGGAGCUUUAUCUCUUGUUAUAUAUUCACUAAUAUUAAUCCCACUGAUCAAGUAUGUCCUCAUCGUUCUUUGGGCAAAUGACGAUGGUGAAGGUGGCACAUUUGCUCUAUACUCACUUAUAUGUAGGCAUGCUAAGGUCAGUCUACUCCCAAAUCAGCUUGCUUCUGAUACACGUAUAUCAAGCCUCAAGCUGAAGGUUCCAUCUGCAGAACUUGAGAGGUCAUUGAGAAUAAAGGAGCGCCUUGAAGCUUCAUUGGGACUGAAAAAACUUCUUUUGAUAUUGGUGCUUGCUGGUACUUCCAUGGUGAUUGCUGAUGGGGUUGUUACGCCUGCAAUGUCAGUUAUGUCAGCUGUUCGUGGUUUAAAGGUUGGACUCCCUAUGGUUGAGGAAGAUCAUGUCGUGAUGAUUUCAGUUGCAUAUCUUAUUGUAUUGUUCAGUGUACAAAAAAUUGGAACAAGUAAGAUUGGGCUUGCUAUUGGGCCAGCCUUAUUUCUAUGGUUUUGCUCCCUUGGGAGCAUUGGCAUCUAUAACCUUGUGAAACAUGACAGCAGUGUCUUGAAGGCGUUUAAUCCUGUUCACAUCUAUUACUAUUUCAAAAGGGACUCGACCAAGGCUUGGUACUCUCUGGGUGGAUGUCUACUGUGUGCAACUGGCUCAGAAGCAAUGUUCGCAGAUCUUUGCUAUUUUUCUGUGAGGGCUGUUCAGCUUAUUUUUGCUUUCCUUGUACUUCCAUGCCUUAUGUUGGGUUACCUGGGCCAGGCUGCCUACCUCAUGGAUAACAAUGGUGAUGCAGAACAGGCUUUCUUUUCUUCUAUCCCGAAUAGUACUUUUUGGCCGGUCUUCCUCAUUGCUAAUAUUGCUGCAUUGAUCGCUAGUAGAACAAUGGCAACAGCAACUUUCACUUGUGUCAAACAGUCGAUAGCGCUUGGCUGUUUUCCUCGCCUCAAGAUCAUACAUACUUCUCGCAAAUUCAUGGGUCAGAUUUAUAUUCCAGUUAUUAACUGGUUUCUGCUGGCCGCUGCUCUUCUUCUUGUCUGCUCCAUUGCAAGCACUGAAGAGAUUGGAAAUGCAUAUGGCGUUGCUGAGAUUGGAGUGAUGAUGAUGAGUACUAUCUUAGUAAUCCUCGUAAUGCUUCUUAUAUGGCAAAUAAACAUCAUUCUGGUGCUGUCUUUUUCUGUUCUUUUCCUAGGGUUGGAGUUUGUAUUUUUUUCAUCCGUUUUAUGGGGUAUCAAAGAUGGAAGCUGGCUCAUAUUGGUGUUCGCUAUAACUGUAUUUUUCAUAAUGUAUAUAUGGAAUUAUGGUAGCAAGCUCAAAUACGAAACAGAAGUCAAGAAAAAGAUGUCGAUGGAUGUAAUGCGUCAAUUGGGUUCCCAUCUUGGAACUGUGAGAGCUCCUGGCAUCGGCUUGCUUUACAAUGAGCUGGCAAAAGGCGUGCCUACCAUAUUUGGACAAUUCCUGGCUACUCUUCCAGCUGUCCAUUCGAUGAUUAUUUUUGUUUGCAUAAAAUAUGUCCCGGUUCCUUUUGUGCCUCCGAGCGAGAGAUUCUUGUUCCGGCGAGUCUGCCCUAGAAGUUACCACAUAUUCCGCUGCAUUGCCAGAUAUGGUUACAAGGACGUCCAUAGAGAGAACCACCAGAUAUUCGAGCAAUUGCUGAUUGAAAGCCUCGAGAAUUUCAUUCGCCGAGAAGCAAAAGAAAGGUCAUUGGAGAGUGACGGAGAUGACGAUACCGAUUCCGAAGAUGAGUCCUCACAUGUUCUCAUUGGUCCAAGUGGCAGCGUCUAUUCACUUGGUGCCCCUCUCUUAUCCAAAUACCGAAACAAAACCAGCAGCAAACGGCCCAUAAUCUCAGAAGCAAGCACUUCACAGGAUCCUAGCAACUCAGUUCAAGACAAGAGCCUGGAGAAUGAGCUCGCGGUCCUACAAAUGGCGAAGGAAUCAGGGGUGGUUUAUCUUCUCGGUCACGUAUCCAUCAGGGCACGUAAAGACUCGUGGUUCAUCAAGAAGUUGGCCAUAAAUUACUUUUACGCUUUUUUGAGAAAGAACUGCAGGAGGGGGAUCGCAACUUUGAGUGUGCCACACACUCGUUUGAUGGAGGUGGCCAUCACCCACAUGGUUUGAGUUCGAUCCAAGCCAACAAGGGCAGCCAAACCACCAUCGGUCUUGCGGUUUUGAUCGUUUUACUUGCUCGUUUCUCGACUCGUAUAGCAGUGAAAGCAAAUGGUAAAGAAAUGGAUUUUACCGUGUGUAGUUUUUUUAAUACUCAAUUCGUGUAGCAGGUUGAGUAAGGCUGUGAAAGAAAAUGCUGUAUUUAUUUCGGUACAUUCAUUUUGAGACAAAUUUUAAAGCAUAAUUUAUGUAUAAAAG